CUGCUUUAAUAUGCAAUGAGCAGCCGAGCGGGCAGGUAAAACACGAGGUGUAGUUCUAGUGUAAGAGCUCUGGAUCAAAGUUUCAUUUGAUCAGCAGGGAGAUCAUUUAUUAGUAUUAUUACUCAUUUGUGCUGCUGCAAGAACCUACCUCUUUAGUGAUGGCGAGACGAAAUGGGAGGAAGAAGAACCAGCUGCCAGACCUUUACUAUGAGGGUUACAUGGAGAAGAGGUCCUUCAAAGAUAAGACAUCUCGGAAGCUGUGGACCUGCUUGUGUGGGAAAACACUUUUUUUCUUCAAUGACAAAAGAGACGAAGAUUACGUAGAGAAGCUGGAUCUGUGUGGACUGGUCUCGGUGACGGACGACAGCAGCCCAGAUCCCAACUUGGACGCGGCCAGAUUCAACGUUCAGAUGACGAAGGGAAACAUCAAAUUUACUGCCUCAAAUGCAGAAUCUCGGGAACUUUGGAAGGGAUAUAUCCACUCUGUGGCUAAGAUGGAGGUACCCCUCACCCUGAACCUGCUGCCGGGUCAGGUCCACAUCCUGAGAGAGACGGUCCAAAAGGAGAAGGAGAGGCUGAUAAAUCCAGAACCGAACCAGAGUCCUCCUGCUGCUGUCAAAUCAGAAAUGCCUGCUUGCUACUACGAGGUGCCUUAUCUGGAGGCCGAGCUGCUGCUGGAGAGAGAAGCCAGCAAAGGAAACCUGCUGCUAAGACCUGGGAAGCAGAAGGGCUCCUUCGCCAUAACCACCAGACAGGAUCUUGAGGGACCGAUGUUCCGUCACUAUCGCGUACUUCCAAAACCAGAGGGAGGCUUCUACAUUGCUGUGGACAAACCUGUCCACUUUGACUCGCUGCAUGACGUGGUCGCCUACAUGGUGGAAAAAACCGAUGGAUCUUUGACUCCCCUCAACAUCGAGGCUCAUUACGACAAGAACAUCUCUUUUAUUGCAUCUGAUAAUGAAAACGGUGAGAGGACCCAGCGGGCUUUGCUGCCACCAGAGCAUCCCAUCCCAGUUACUGGAAAAGUGAGGAAUGAUGAACCAGAACCAGUCGAAAGUCCUCCUGCUACUGAUAAGAAGGAGGAGAAAGCGUCUGUGACGGAUGGCUGCUCCUCUGGUGAAACUCGACCGGUACCAGAACCCAGGAAACUACCUCCAUGUCCAGCUCCACGAACAUUUGCCCCAACUCAACCGGCUGCCAAACCCGCUUUCCCUACAAAUGCUCCUGAGAAGCCCAUGACAGUCUCAAAUCCAGAAAUGGAGAAGCAGAUUCUUCCCGCAGCUUUGUCGGAGCUGAAACUGAGGCUGGGGCAGAAGUCCAAGUUGCGUGUUUAACUUCUUCUACAAUCAUCCUUGUGGACAGAAACACAUUGGAGCAACAAGCAGAGCUGAAUGGAGGCACAUGCAGAUCUGUUCCUGCACGAUAUCAAACAGGAGUCCCGCUCCUCUUCCUCCUCCUCUUCCUCCUCCUCUUCCUCGGUUAGCUGUCUGCAGUAAAACCUCUCUGCAGAUCAACACCGGAUUGAUUUGCCUCCUCUGGACAUUUAUUAGCAAAUCAAUCGACUGUGAAGAUGGCUGGACAAAUUAUCUACUCGUUUCUCUUGUUCAUUUUGCACUUUAGCUAUUGACUAAGCCGCCUCAGACUUUCCGUUAAGUGUUUCUUUCCCUCUUACUCUUGGAAUAAAAUGAUAAUCAAUUUAUUUUACAUACUUUUACCCAGUACAAGUAGGAAAACACUGUGUGGGUACAAUACGCACACAGUAUUGUAUUAAUACUUAAUACAAAAUCUGUGUGCAAAACAGAAAAUGUGACAGAAAUAAGGGAUGGGAUUCACUUAUUUCAGUGUUUUUCUCUGUGAAUGUAAAGAGCAAAACUCUUUGUCUCAUCAACUUUGAUAUGACAAACUUCUCGUAUGUGCCAUGCAACAUAUAUAAUUUAUAUAUAGUGAAUUAAUCACUUGUAUAGUUUGUAAUCCAUUUUCACAUUUACAUUAUUUUUUGUUACAGCUUUAACUUUUCUGUUGUCUGAAAAAAUAAAAAUGUCCAAAGACAAAGCGUUCUCAAUCAUUUAUUACCUCAAUUACUGAUACACUAUAGUGGAAAAAUGAAACUAUUUACAAUAAAUCGUGACAUGUUGCCAGCAUGUGAAAUAAAGUGUAAUUGCCUCUCAGCUGGAUGAGUCGUUCUGUAAAGCAAAGCAGGCUACAUUUACUCAGGAAGAGAUGAACUAGAACACCAACCAUUCGAAACGCACAACAUGGAUGUCGCAGUACAGAGUUGAAGACGUGUCCGUCCCGUGGUUCUGAAUCACGUUUUGAUUGGUUACCUCUGCGUGAAAAGCCUGAAAAGCGUGAAAAUGUCUAAUCCUAGACAUUAAAUGUAAUCGAAGCAUUUCACAAUUUUUAGAUAUUUUAAUUGACAGGAUUAUUCCAUUUCUCUUUGCCACUCUUCAACACGUCACUUAUGUAAACCGGAUGUAAGCAGCUAAUCCAGAUAAUCCGUGUCUGUAUCUACGGUCGGAGCGAUUGAUCAUUUUAAAGCAACUGGUACUGUAACUUGUAGUCACCAAGUUUCCACUGUAAGAAGCUUUCUACAUACCUACCAGGUGAGUCUUGCCCGAAAACCAUCACAAACAUGUGAGGUUAACGUUUUCUGGGUGCUUUUGGUCAAAUGAGAAUAAGAUUGAGGUUUUCCAGAAACCAAAACUGGAACAGCAUCUUAUGGCUUUGUUUAGGCCUGUUUCUCUUGUAUUGAUUGCAUCAUGAAGUCUUUGAAACAUCAAGACAUUUUCAAGAAAAAUCUAUCGGCCGCAGCCAGAGAUGUUGACUCUCAUUGGGACUUUGGUUGAUCUUUCAAACUCUGUGCCCCUCUAUGGGGGAUAUGUUUGCAUCAAAAGCCUGAAUUAAACCGAGUUGAAGCCAAAGCACAACCCAGAAGUUGUAGGAACCCAAAUAAUUGAGUUUCAGACCCCUGACCUACAAAACAAUCUCCCUCUAUGUGCUCCAACAUUGUGAAAUGUUGAAGAAGUUUUGUCCUAUUGGGAAUGAAGGCUUAUAUUGUAGCAAUAGCUUUUCAGUGUCAGUUUAUUACAAUCCAUUGAGAGGUGAAUUAUUUUAAAGGCUUUUCACACAGAUUUCCCAUGAGUGCCAAUAAGAGAGGAGUUACAGACUAUUGAAUACUGCUGAGCCACACAUAGGACACUCUCUCUACUGCAAUCAAAGCAGAGACAUCAGAUGGACGGACGUGUCAUGGCUUUAAUGUUAGCAUCGGAAAGUUUUAACAGGAAGCUCAAGACCUACAUUGAAUAACAUAUGACUAUCAUUUGUAACUGUAAAUACCGUUGAGUAGGCAAGAAGUCAAAUAUCUCGUCACAAUACAGUUAAAUAAUCCAGUUCAGUGCUGAGCUGCUUAAGUGCUGGACAUUGUUUAUGUUGGACUGGUUUACUGAUGAGUCAACAAAGCUAUAACCUCCUCAUACUGAAGCUGGCGCAGAGCAGGACUUUAAAACAGAACAAGCAGGAACAUAGAGGGGGGCUGCACGUGUUUGGUUUGGCCUGAGAAGGAAGGCACGGGGACGGAGCGUGACUCAUAAAGCUGCAGCCGACGGCACAGCUGACCGUUCAGGUGAAGCUGAGGAAGCAGCGGCCAGCGCUAAAAAUCGCCGCCCUAGCAGCUGGAUGAAUGUGCAGCGAGACAUUAACUACUCAUACUUGGGCCUAAUGAGUCUCAAAGGAGAGCGACCAGCCGGCAGAUUCUGUCACUCAGAUCGCCUGUUUGCUCCUCUCAAAAAAAAAAAAAAAA